AUGGCUUUUCUGAGGAGCUACUUUACUACCAAACCAGCACUCCUGGAAAAGGAUGUGACUGACUUAAAAGGAAAGGUCUUUAUCAUCACUGGAGGUACUGGAGGCAUAGGUCUUGAGUUGGCCAAGAUCUUAUAUCAUGCCAAUGCGACCCGAAUCUAUAUUCUUUCACGAUCUGCGCAGUCAGGAGACACGGCGAUUGGGCUGAUCAAGACAUCGGAGGCUCCCCCGGGAAUGAAGCAACGAUCUGCUAAAGAUGAAGACACUGUUCGAUUCAUUGCGCUCGAUCUCGGCGAUUUCUCCAGUAUCAAGGCAGCAGCUGAGUCCUUCCUGAAGCUUGAAACGCGCCUUGAUGUUAUAUGGCAUAAUGCAGCUGUUAUGCUUGCGCCAGAAGGCAGCGUUAGCAAGCAGGGCCACGAGUUGACCUUUGCAACCAAUGUUUUCGGCCCCUUUUUAUUCCAGCAUUUUCUGACCCCAAUCAUGCUUCAAACAUCACGAAAUCCUGCUACGGUAAAGGGAUCUGUUCGAGUUUGUUGGGCCGGGUCUGGUGACAGCGUAGUACCGCCAGGAGAAGAUGGUAUCUUGUGGGAUGAUUGGAAGCUAAGCUCUCCUGAAUUUGGGGGCUUCAAAGGCCGUACUAUGAGAUACAUGCAGAGCAAGGCUGGUAACGCAAUUCUCGCAGCCGAGAUGGCCAAGCUCCAUCCAGAUAUCACCAGCUGCGCGUUUAAUCCAGGGGCUAUCAGGACGGAUAUUGCCCGUCACGCUCCAUGGUUCCUACAGGCUUUCCACAAUUUGAUGGCUCAUCCGGUACGAUUUGGUGCCUUAACGGAGCUUUACGCUGGAUUCUCCGACGAAGUUGCCAAGAAAAAUGGAUGCUUUGUAGUUCCAUUUGGCCAGAUCGGUUCAACCGUCCCAAAAGUGGAGGCUGGAAUCGCGGAGAGGAAUACUGGUAAGAGACUUUGGGAUCUGUGUGACGAACAUGUUCGAGAUUAUUACUAG